AUGGACGUGGAGGUGGCCGCCGGAGCUGCCGAGGAGAAGGGCGACCCGGCCCCGCCGGGCGGCUUCCAGGUCUACAAGAGGCGCUGGCUGGUGCUGGCCGCCGUCUGCCUGCUCAAUUGCUCCAAUGCCAUGCUCUGGUUGACAUUUGCUCCAGUGGCUGAUAAAACAGCCGAACACUUCCACAUUACACUGGAUACGGUCAACUGGCUCUCUCUUGUGUACCUGGUGAUAUCCGUUCCGUUCGGGCUGGUAGCCAUAUGGAUGCUGGACACCCUUGGACUUAAAUGUGUUGUGAUACUCUGUGCCUGGCUGAACAUGGUGGGAAGCAUUGUUCGUGCACUCAGCAUCGUUGAUGUCCUGAGCCUAGGUUCCUUCAAUGUUGUCUACUUGCUCGUGGGACAGUGCCUCUGUGCUAUGGCUCAGCCACUCAUUAUAUUUGCGCCAACCAAGCUGGCCGCCUUAUGGUUCCCUGAUCACCAGAGAGCCACCGCUAAUAUGAUUGGCUCAAUGUCCAAUCCAUUGGGCAUUCUUAUAGCUAACAUACUGUCUCCUGCUCUUGUGCACGAAGGAAAAGAUAUCCGUUUAACGCUCGGAGUGUACGCAGGGCCUGCCAUCUUCGCCUGUGUUUUAGCCAUGGUGGCGAUUCGCAAAAAGGAGCCUCCGACACCCCCAUCGCCCAGUGCCAGUCAGUCUAAUUCCCAGUCGGUGUUUGCAGGUUUGAAGAUGCUCCUUAAAAACAAGCCUUACCUCGUUCUGGCGUUUUGCGUUGGAGGAGGGGUAGCGCUCUUCACCUGUUACAGCACUUUGCUGGAACAGAUCCUGUGUGUAAUGGGAUAUUCAAACUUCUUUGCAGGCCUGUGUGGUGCCUUGUUCACCGUUUCCGGAUUAAUUGGUGCCUUCUUACUUGGGCUCUAUGUGGACAGGACAAAGAAAUUUAUAGAAUCCACCAAGAUUGGCAUGUGUUUAUCUGCACUGUCUAGCAUCGCAUUUGCAGUGGUGUCUCAGUUUAGGAACCAGGCCUACGCAUUGGCGGCGAUCAGCUCUGUCUUUGGUUUCUUUGGAUUUGCCAUCUAUCCCGCUUCAAUGGAACUCGCUGUGGAAUGUUCUUACCCUGUGGGAGAAGGGACAUCGUCCGGGCUGAUUUUUGUCGCUAGCCAGAUCCUCGGAGUUAUUUUUAUGGUCUUGCUCCAAAGCCUGGCUGUGGAGACAAAAAACGCCCCAUUCUCUACUUGCACAUUAGCUCAAGGAGGAGCCCUGGAUUGGUCAACUCCGUCGCUGGUGCUAGCGGGACUCUGCAGCCUGCUAGCCUGUUUCUACGUGGUGGGUUUCCAUUCCAGCUACAGGAGGAUCUACGCAGAGAUGUCAAACAGCUGUUCAAUCAACAAAGCAGACGAUUACAUUACAGAAGCUGGACAGAAAGAAAAAGAGACUGAUUGAACUGUGGACUCA